AUGCACGACGAGCGCGGCAAGAUGGAGGCACUGCUGCAUCAGAUCGUCCUCGAAGAGCAACAGAAAAUGAUUCAGUUGGGUUUCGUUGAAACGUAUAUUCCUUCAGUCGACAGUGCUGCACGUUGUAGCUUUUUUAUGAGCGCAAAUUGGCACAUUUGUCGUCGUCUUUUGCUUGUGAUUGUCAGUGGUAAUGGCAUUCAACCGGGUAUUUGGAGCCGAUCGCUUGUGCUUGAAGCGAGUGCGAAUCCAAAUCAGUACCGCUCUGGUUCAAUGCUACCAUAUCUUCACACUGCUUUGUCAAAAGGAUAUGGGAUUGUUGUGAUGAAUCCAAGCACGAAUAUGGUUAGUGUUGGUGCAGAUAAGGUCCCUAUACCGUAUUCAAGUACACCAGAGAUGCACGUUCGAUAUGUAUGGGAGACAUACGGUGUUCGUGCUUCGUGCUCACAGGUCUACAUCGCAGCGUACGGACGUGGUGGAUCAUUGACCAAGCACUUGGUCUGUACCCAACCGCUUUUACGUAAUAAGUUAGCGGCAAUUGCAUUUAUUGAGUCAAGCCACCGUAUUGAAUCUGAUGAUACACAAGAAGUACGUGGAUUACUUGGUACUCGAGCAAUUAAUUGGCAACGAUCAAAGGAAAGUCCAGGGACCCAAUUGCAAGAUUGUACUCAACUUGGAUGUCUUAGUCUUUCAGCAGGUGAACCUACAUCACCUGCAGAGCAAAGAUCAUCUAAUACAGCCUGGACAAUUGCUGCUAGUAUGAAUACAGUGUUUGCGUUUUUUGAUAGUGCACGAGGUUCUAUGCCGGACGAAGCAGGCGAGGAUGAAUUAAUGGAUGAAAUGAGUCGUCUAUCUCAGUAUGCUUAUGCUGGUGCAGCGGCAAUGUCUGUACCUCAACAACAAGAACACUUGGAGGAUGCUAAAUUUCAAGUGGACGAAGAAAACGAUGGCAAUCAUUUGGGAAGUCGCUCAAAUAGCGCACGAAGCUCAAGACGUAGCAUGGUCAUUUCGACAUCCAUGAGCGUGAAUGACUUUGAUUUACUAUCUGUGGUCGGUAAAGGCGCUUAUGGAAAAGUAUUUCUAGCCAAGAAGAAACACGAAAAAAACGCGGGUCGUGUCUAUGCUAUGAAAGUUUUACGAAAACAAGACGUGUUUAAGAAAAAACAAGUGGAACAUACCAAGUCAGAGCAACGUAUUCUCAAGCAUGUGGAGCAUCCAUUUGUCGUGAGACUACGGUACGCGUUUCAGAAUCACCAGAAACUCUACCUUGUGAUGGAUUAUUACUCGGGUGGGUCGUUGUUUGUGCACUUGCGCAAGGAAAAGCGCUUUAGUGAGCAACGUGCGUGCUUUUACGCUGCUGAAUUAGUCUUGUCGUUGGCGCAUUUACAUAGUCUGCACAUUAUGUAUCGUGAUUUGAAACUUGAGAAUAUUCUCAUGGAUAGUGAAGGACACGUUGCGAUUACGGACUUUGGCUUAUCGAAAGAAGAUGACGAAGGCUCGACGUUUGUUGGAACGCCCGAGUAUUUAGCUCCAGAAUUACUGUGUAGCCAACGUACAGCUUCAUCAUAUGGCAAUUCUGUGGAUUGGUGGAGUUAUGGAGUAUUGGUGUAUGAGAUGAUUCAAGGACAUACGCCCUUUUGGGACAAAAAUCGCCGACAGAUGUUUCAAAAUAUCCUUAGUAAAGAACCAACAUAUUCUGCCGAUCUCUUUUCACCUACUGCCACCGAUUUUCUUAAACGAUUGUUGGUUAAAAAUCCACGACAGCGUCUGGGUUGUGGCACUGAUGGUGCCAAGGAGAUUAUGGGACACCCAUGGUUUGACGGUAUUGAUUGGGACGCUCUUUUAAAUCGUCGGAUUGAGCCACCGUUUCGACCAGUGACAAAAGAUCUACACAGUAGUCGAACACGCACGAGCAGCGCCACAUUGAAUGCGAAUUUACACUAUGUGCCAAACAUGUUUAAACAACAAGAAGUCGCUGACUCGCCAGUUAUUAGUGGAUUGGGGUCGUCAACUGGAUCUGGCAUAAUGGCGAUGCACUUUGACGACUUUAGCUACAUGGGUAGCGACAUAAUUGGUUCACGUCGUACGUCAGUCUUUCGCGACAGUGAUAUCAAAAUGGAAUUGGGCGACUAG